AUGAAUAUCACACUGACAAGCUUGGAAGCAUUAAUCUUAAAAGCAACUCAUGAAUCUCUACCACAACCUGAUGUUGCUGCUUUGGAAGCUUUCUAUACUAUAAUGCGAGAGUCUGCAGAAGGUCCACAAUAUGCCGCUCAAGCCUUGGCUGCCCGUAUUCAUUCACCAAAUGCUCGAGAAGCUAUUUUAGCACUAUCCAUGUUAGAUCGUUGUAUGCGUCGUGGAGAUGCUAAUUUUCACUCAGAGAUUGGCAAGUUUCGGUUUCUUAAUGAAAUGAUUAAACUCGUUUCACCUAAACAUUAUGCAGACAAAACUGCACCUGAAGUCAGGACAAUGGUUCUCCAACUAAUACAUGCGUGGUCAAUAGAAUUUCCAAAAGAAACCAAGUUUAAGGUUGCUUACGACAUGCUUAAAAACCAAGGGGUAAUUAAAGAAACUCCUCCGCCUUUACCUCCAGAGGAUACAAAUAUUCCUCGCUUGAGAGCAAAAAAUGCUAUAUUUGAAGAUGAGGAAAAAUCAAAGUUAUUGCAGAAGUUACUCCAAAGCAAAAAGCCAGAAGAUCUACAGCAUGCCAAUAGACUUAUUAAAACUAUGGUUCGAGAAGAGGAGAGGCGGACAGAAGCAAAUUGCCGUAAAGCUCAAGAGGUUAUAGCGGCUUUGGAUAGUGCGGGUUUGUUAAAGGACUUGCUGGAACAUUCAUCUGAUGCAUCUGCCGACGAGGAACAGCUCAUUCAUGAACUACACGCUAGCUGUGUACGACUCAGGCCGGUUCUACAAAGACUUGCAUCUUCGGAUGCCCAGGGCGACAACUUAUCUGAGAUAUUACACGCAAGUGAUGUUCUCGACGAGGUGUUUGAGGAAUACAAUAAGUUUAUUAAUGACAAGAAAAACAAAUCAAAGGAUCCAGCAAGUUCUCAGACUAAUAACAAAGAUAAUGAGAAACAAGAAACAAAAGACAAGAAAGUUGAAGGAUGGCAUGAAUUAGACAGUUUGGGUGAACAAUUAUUAAAACAAUCAUUACCUAAUAAUGUAAAACGUCUCGAUAAUUUUAAUAGUAAACAUUCAAAGAAGAUACCGAUGAAUGCUUUGGAGACAACUUCACCUAAACAUGACACACAAACUGCUAACAAUAAUGCAAUACUAGACUUAGAUUUUUUCACAAAGAAAAUAGAGAAAGCCGUCAAUCUAUCCCCACAAGGACAUUCAUCAAAAUCUAUAACUCCAAAUGACGAUGUGAUGGUAGAUAUCAGUUCCGAUGAUCAAACAAACCAUGUGGAAAAUAAAUGUAUCUCAAAAGACAGUUCAGCAGACAAUAUUAUAGAUAUAGGACUAACGGGCGACAAUAAAACAAAUAGUAUUAUGGCAGACGAUAAAAAGGAGAUAAUUAAGGCUGAACAAAAAGAUAUGAAAAGUAAAUGUGAUGUGAAACCUCUAACAGAUAUAAAUGUCACCCUACAAAGUGUACACCCAAGUAAAGUUCCUCCGAUAACAGCUUAUGAGGAAGAAGAUGGUUUGAAGGUAGUGCUGCAUUUCUGUAAAGACAAACCGAGGCCUGAUGUCAAUGUUGUUGUUAUAUCAACUACAAGUAAUAGUAAGAUGCCCAUUGAGGAAUACAAGUUCCAAGCUGUCGUUCCUAAGGGCUGUAAGGUUCGUUUGUUAGAGGCGUCCGGUACGUCACUUCCGGUGUACAACCCGUUCCUACCUCCGCCAGCCUUAACACAGCUCAUGUUGCUGGCAACACCAUCGUCUACAUCACUACAACUUCGUUUCGUACUCACAUACACCAUAGAGGGAGACACGUGCAGCGAAAUGGGCGAAGUAGUAUUGCCACUUCAAGAUAUAUAA